CGCCUGCUCAGCCUGCAAGGCGGCGGACCCAGCUUUUUCCACAACCGCUUCCCGCGGCCUCCGGGCCGGGGGCGCAGCUGCCAUGGCAACCAUGGAGAUUAGGGUGGCCAACAAGUACCGGCUCGGCCGCAAGAUCGGCUCGGGAAGCUUCGGAGACAUCUACCUCGGCACGCACAUCUCGACCGGCGAGGAAGUGGCGAUCAAGCUGGAGUCGAUCAAGAGCAAGCACCCGCAGCUGCUGUACGAGUCUAAGCUGUACAAGAUUCUGGGCGGCGGCGUGGGCAUCCCUACCGUCCGCUCCUUCACCGUCGAGGGGGAUUACAACGUGAUGGUGAUGGACCUGCUCGGUCCGUCGCUGGAGGAUCUCUUCAACUUCUGUGACAGGAAGUUCAACCUCAAGACGAUCCUCAUGAUUGCCGACCAGCUGCUGCAGCGGAUCGAGUACAUUCACUACAAGUCCUUCAUCCACCGCGACAUCAAGCCCGACAACUACCUGAUCGGGCUCGGCCGCAAGGCCAACCUGAUCCACUGCAUCGACUUUGGGCUCGCGAAAAAGUACCGCGACCCCAAGACGCACCAGCACAUCCCGUACCGCGAGAACAAGAACCUGACAGGCACGGCGCGGUACGCGUCCAUCAACACGCAUCUCGGCAUCGAGCAGAGCCGGAGGGACGACCUCGAGGCGCUCGGCUACGUGCUCAUGUACUUCCUGCGCGGCUCGCUGCCCUGGCAGGGGCUCAAGGCUGCGACCAAGAAGCAAAAGUACGACAUGAUUUCCGAGAAGAAGAUGUCGACGCCCGUCGAGGUCCUCUGCCGCGGCUACCCGAGCGAGUUUGGCACGUAUCUCAACUACUGCCGCUCGCUCAAGUUCGCCGACAAGCCCGACUACUCGUACCUGCGCAAGAUGUUCAAGGACCUCUUCUUCCGCGAGGGCUACGCCUACGACCACAACUUCGACUGGACGCUCAAAAACAACUCGACCAACGCCCAGAGCCAGGGCGGCAGCAGCGCCACAGCGCAGAAAUAGCGUCGCGCGGAGAGAGGAGGGCGGAGGCGCGGGGGCGGCGGCGGGGCGGAGGGCCCCGCAGCGCCGCCCUCGCAGAGACGGUUUGUCUUGACUCGUACUGUGUGUCUGGCGCGCGGGGUCGUGCGCGCGCGAGAGGGAGUCCUCUGACUCUGUCGCGUAGAGCCUAGUGGGCGCGUCGGGCCCGCAAGAGAGAAUCCACCGGGCGCCGGUGGCGGGCGCUCGCCGCAUAUUGAAAAUUGCUCUUCAUCACGUAGCUCAAAAAGACAAAACGAAAACUGGCGCGCGGGGAGACGCAGACCGGGACCCAGACCGCAGACGGAGUCGGUUCGACAGUCGGAGAGAGUUCGAGAGACAGAGAGUCAGUGCGCAGAGUGGUGAGAGUGGAGACCCGCACAGCCACAGCCACAGGCACAGCGUCGAGCGUGGGUCUCUCUCAGAUGUGCAAGAUGAUGCGGCGAGUGUGGCGCCGAGCGGCACGCACCCCGGCUCCAGGGGGCCGCUCCCCGCCUGGGCGCCUCCGGCAGGCUCGCGGUCGGGCCCCUAACGCCUCCUCCAUCCGAACCAGGAACGCUCGAACGUGGCGGGUGCCCCGAUCCUGGGCGGUCUGGGCGCAGGGUGGCGAAUUGGGGGCCACCGUGGACGCGACGGCUCUCCCACGUCGCACUCAGUCCCCAUGACCCAUGCCCCGCGGGAGUGCAGGCCGGCGCCACGCCGCCCCUCCCCGCGGGGGACGCCCGCUCUCAGCCCGCCCGCCGAGGGUGGGCGAGGGCGUCAAAAGCGGCGAGGGACCCGCCGCCACCGCCGCCGCCCCCGCCGCUGCCCCGCCUCUGAUACUUUAGCUCGCGGCGUCCGUCGCCGGCCGCCGCAGGCGCGACGGCCUCGCCAGCCGGUGACCGCCGCCGCGCCGCCCCCGUCGUGUUUAGCGCGGCCGCGGCGCCGUCGCCGCCUGCCGCUGAAGACCCCGCGACCGCUGCCACGCCGGUGCUCGCCGAGGGCGUCUCUCCCGACCGGUAGCAAGCCUGCAGCUCGGACGGCUGCAUCCCGUCCAGGACGCUCGACAGCAUGCGCAAGUUUGGUGUGGAGAGGAGCGCGUCGAUCUGCGGCGUCGACACCUCGUUGAGGAGGGGCGUCAUCGACAGUGCGCCAGCGAGGGCACCCGCGUCGUGACCCAGCUGCUCCGCGAGGGCGGCCGAGCUAAAAGCGGCGUCCCGCGGCGGCAGGCCCCCUUCUCCCAGCCAUUGCCCGCUGAGCAACUGCUGCUGCUGCUGCUCCUGCUGCUGCUGCUGCUGCUGCUGCUGCGCCCGGCCCCGGCCUCUGCCGCCGCCGCCUCCGCCGCGCGACGAUGCGGAGGAGGAGGCGCGCUCGGGCCGCUCGCACAGCUGCACCUUCAUGCGGCCCCGCGGCUCGGCGACGCGGGGCACCGCUGCAGCCGCGUAGGCCUGAAAUGGCUCGGCUGGCGCCGCGGCGGGGGCGAUGGUGGCGCCGGGCAGCACCGUGGCCACCGGAGAUGGGCCCUGCAGGAUGCCGGGAGGCAAGGCCGCGGGCGGCAUCCCCAUCGAGUGCCGCAGCUGCGAGUUCUCCAUGAUGAGCUUUUGCACGAGCUCCUCCUCAUGCUUGCGCUGCAUGUUGACCUGCUGGAGGCACUGCUGCAGGUGGAGGGCCCAGCGCAUGUGGAUGGCGGGGCUGCUCGCGGUGGCGUUGAGCGACGAGCGAGCGGCCUCCUCGAGCUGCCUGGAGAGGUGCUCGAGCUCGCGGCUGCUCGGCUCCAUGGCCGACUCUCUG